AGAAUCCAAUCAACAGCGGGCUUUUUCAAACUCGACUUCUACUGUUAACCUAAACAGAGGAAGUUCUGCCGAACGAGAAAUACAGCGCACAGAGAACUAUCGUCUGAUCGGUCUUCGAGGGAAGGAGAAGCCAAAGAGCCCAAAGGGCAGUCAGAUGAUGGAUGGGUGGAUUCGCUCCUUCGUCGAAGCCAUCCAUUCCAGCCCCACGCAGGCCGUUAUCUACCUCUCUGGCGGAGCUUCUCAGGCGCUUGGAUGGCUGAUGUCUGUUCCCGGAGCUUCUAACACCAUUCUCGAAGUCCUCGUUCCCUACUCCAGAACCUCCACGGCUCAAUUGCUCGGCAAGAUUCCUGCACAAUUCGCCAGCCAACAAACUGCUGAGGAAAUGGCAUUAUUUGCAUACAAUCGUGCAUUGAAGCUUUCUAGACCAGGUUUACCAGUAUUAGGUGUUGGAUUUACUGGGUCUUUGGCCACCAUACAUCCAAAACAUGGGGAUCAUAGAUUUUACUUGUCAACACGAACUUGUGAUCGCCUGUGGUCCUCAGAUGUUACUUUAUUGAAGGGUUUGCGGACUCGAGAAGAAGAAGACAAGGUCUCUAGCCAUUUCUUACUUAAGGCAAUUGCAGAUGCCUGCAAAGUUUCUGCUACCUUUAAGUCGGAGUUACAUGAGUCUGAGAUGCCCAAUGAAUGUGAAAAACAAUUCGAUGAGGACCAGGAGUUACAACAAAUUAUUGAUGGGAAAUUAUGCAUGAAAAUUUAUCAUUUUUCUUGUGAUACACAAACAUCUAAUUCAGAAAGGAAGAUAAUAUUAUCUGGUUCAUUUAAUCCUUUGCAUGAUGGGCAUCUCAGACUUUUGGAAAUUGCAUCAAGUAUUUGUGGUGAUGGGCUUCCGUGUUUUGAGAUAGCAGCAGUCAAUGCAGACAAACCCUCACUGUCAGUAGCUGAAAUUAAAACUCGAGUUCAACAAUUUAAGAAGGCAGGGAAGACUGUUAUUAUUUCAAAUCAGCCCUAUUUUUAUAAAAAAGCAGAACUUUUUCCUGGAAGUGCCUUUGUGAUCGGCGUGGACACUGCUGCAAGGCUUAUUGAUCCGAAAUACUAUGGUGGCGAUUAUGGUAAAAUGCUGGAAACACUUCUUGAGUGCAAAAGAACAGGCUGCCAAUUUCUUGUGGGUGGUCGAAAGGUCGAUGGAGUUUUCAAGGUUCUUGAAGAUUUUGAUAUUCCUGAAGAAUUGAAGGACAUGUUUAUCUCCAUACCAGCAGAGAGUUUCCGUGUUGAUUUAUCAUCCACUGAGAUAAGAAAAAGUAGGGGCAUGUGAUAUAUUGUGGACUCAUUUUCUGUCCAUAUAAGAUGCAAUAAUUUAAUCUAGGUGAAACAUUAAUAUUUGUAUUCUUGGUUCAUUACGAUAUUAGUUAACAGUUGAUGCAGCAUAAAAAGUUGUGGUCCUCUUAAUGAUGUUUUCUUGGCCUGAAGCCUGCUUCCGUU